AUGAAUCCGGCAUUGCGCACAUUAAAGAAUAACAUCCGUAAGGACAUGCGGCAGAGGCUCGCUCUUCUUUCGUCAGAAGAGAUCAGACGUCAGUCUGCGAUUGUGACAGAAAAGCUGAUCAAUAUGUCCAUAUUUAAGGAUAGCCAGAAUGUUAGCGUGUACAUCAGCAUGCAUGGUGAAAUCUCUACUCUGGAUAUUAUCCGAACACUCCUGGACCAGAGUAAAACUUGCUAUGUCCCCAGAUGUAAGGGUGAGGACAUGGAUAUGGUCAAGGUUGAGUCCUGGGAGGAUUUUGUAUCUCUGCCUAAAAACAACUGGAAUAUCCCAGAGCCAAGGAUGGAUGAAAUCAGAGAAAAUGCUCUGGAUACAUCCCAUAGCUUGGACUUGAUUAUUAUGCCUGGAUUAGCAUUUGAUCGGACAGGGACGCGGUUAGGUCAUGGCCGAGGAUAUUAUGAUAAAUAUCUAGUUAAGACUAAUACCUAUAACAAGUCAAUCGGUCGUCCUCCAGUAGCAACAGUUGCGCUCGCAUUAACGGAGCAAAUUGUGGACGAACCAUUGCCACGGUGUGAAACCGACAUCAACCCACAAUAUAUCUUGCAUCCUUGA